AUGGAUUCCAGGGGAAAAGAUGUUGUGAUUGGAGGAGAUACCUCUAGCGAGGAUCAUGUUGAUGCUUCAGCACAGUUCACCCAGGCAAACCCACUGGCGUUUGCAGGUGUACUGAACCCGAUCGCAGCCGAAGAUUGGAUUCAGGAAAUAAAGGAGCUACUGGGGGUGUUGGAGUUUAUUAAGGAGCAAGAAGUGAAGUAUGCCACUUACAAACUAGUGGGGGAGGCAAAUAGAUGGUGGCUAUCAGCGAAAAUAGUGGAGGAGCAGUGCCCAGGGCUGGUGGCUAUCACUUGGAGCCGGUUCAAGGAGGUUUUCUUCGACAAGUAUUUCCCCGUUGCUACCCAAACUGCUAAGCAGUAUGCAGCCAAGUUUGUGGAGUUAUCCCGUCUUGCUCCACACAUGAUUCCGAACGAGCCAUUAAAAGCCAGGAUGUUUGAGAAAGGACUGAGACAUGGAAUACGCACACAAGUGGUGGCGUUGUUGACUUAG